CCAAAAUCACUAGCUUUAGCCAUGGCUGUAAGACAAAUAUCGGGUUGUUCCAACUUAGUAACUCUCUUAAACGGCUUUGGUCAUUGUGUAUCCCUCUCAUCAACCAUGGCAUAUGACACCGCAUUAGCACAGCUGUCAUUGAAUAGAUCAAAUAUUAUUCCUAAAGGCUUUGUUGCAGAGCGUCAUGUUAAUGUUGUUUAUGACAAUAUCGAUUUUGGGGAAGAAGCUAAAAAACAAACCCACGUCACGAAUGGCAUCAUUAUCCAACAGGUUACCUCAGAAAACAACGACGACGACAAUAUAGAGACAACAGUGAUAAAGAAAACCCAACGAUCGCUAAAGAUGCCUGACGUUACUCUAAAACCUUACAGCAUUGGAGUGAAAAAGACUGCUGCAUUUAACAUUCCUGAUGACAUCAGAGAUUACGGUGAAAAUGAGAAAACAAAUAUUUCACUUAAAUCGGAUCUAGCAUACGUACUUGUAAAAAUGUUUCAUCACUCCCAAGAAAGUCCCUUUCCCGGAUGGACUGGAUUCAAUACGAUGCUUAAUGAAACAGAAAUACCAAACGAAUCAAGAAUCGGUUAUCUCCCUGUCAUUGACAAUUCGCCCACUGAAUACUCAACUAUAAACGCAAUCCUCGAAAGUGGUGUUGACAUUGCAAAUGCCUUGCAACUAGAUCAUAUCGUAAUGGUAUUUGACGAAGCUGUAUACGCGAAGGUGCAACAAGUGAGGUGGAAAAACGAGAUGUUUUACAACAAACUGGUCGUGCGAUUAGGAGAGUUUCAUACAAUUAUGUCCUUUCUGUCGGCAAUAUCGAAGCUGUUUGAAGAUGCAGGGCUGAAGGAUAUACUGAUCGAAUCGGGGAUAGUGAAUGAGGGAUCAAUUAAAGGCGUGCUAUCUGGUAAACACUACAAUAGGUCGGUGUUUUGCCACAAAAUCAUGCAUGAAGCAUUACAGCGUCUUCGAUUUGAUGCCUUUCUGGAUAGCUUGGAUAUCACAGAACAGGAAAAAAUUCGGACAUGUGUAGGAGUCAUGGCAGACGGCUUUCCGACGCAACGAUACAAAGAGGAGCUUUUGAGUCAGGAGUUUGAGACGAUAUGUGAUAAAUACGAUUCAUUUGUGGCAGAAACUUCGCAAAAAUCAAAGACGUUUGCAUUUUGGAGCAUUUAUCUUAAAAUGACAGGUAUAUUGCUGAUGUUCGUCCGUGCAACGCGAAAGAUCGAUUGGGAGCUCCAUUUAUCUACAUUCAGACAAAUGCUUCCUUGGUUUUUUGUGUGUAAUAAGACUAAUUAUGCAAGAUAUGGAACAGCUUACUGGUUGGAAAUGACGUCUUUGCAUGAAAAAAUCCAGGCAAGGAAUUCGACUUGA